AUGGUAGAUUGGGCUAACGUUCGUGGGUGGGUAGCGUUUGUAACCUCCAAUGUUCUCGGAGGCGUCAGUCCCGCUAAGGAUUGGGUCAAGCACCUGGUCCCUGUCCUCUGGCCCAAGGAUAAGACCAAGCCCAAUCGUGAAUCAGAGGCCGCCUUGAGGAUGGACCUGAACCCCGAACUUGUGCGGGAUAUGCUGACCACAGCCCGUAGCCUUCACUCACAAUCCCGAGUUAGGGAAGCCGACAUGAUCCAGUGGGAAGGUCGGUUGGAAAGGCGGGCAGAGCGGCUGAACGACCGAGAAGACCGCCUAGACGACCGGCAAGACCGCUUGGUCAUGUUGGCCGAUCGCUUGGGCGCGCGGGAGAAGGAUCUGCGGGCGCGGGAUGAAGCAAUCCGCGAUGUUGAGGACGGGUUGAGUGCUCUUGAAAGGACGCUCUAUGGCUUGUUCUCUGAUAUCGAAGGGUUGCUUUAG